AUAGAACAACUCUUCCCCCCAUUUCCAAUCCCACACACAAAAUAAUAUUACACACACUAACUCUCUCUCCUUCCCUCCCUCUCUCUCUCUGAUUUAUCCUGUAAACACAUUAUCCAAAAUUCCCUUAUUUUCUUUUCUUUAAUUCUUCACUAUGGUUUCUCCAGAUGCCAUUCGCACAAUUCUUGGAAUCUUUGGAAAUGCCAUAUCUCUCUUCUUGUUUCUCUCCCCAGUACCGACAUUUAUUCAAAUAUGGAAGAAAGGAUCAGUGGAGCAGUACUCGCCAGUACCAUAUUUGGCGACGCUGAUAAACUGCAUGGUGUGGACAUUGUACGGUCUACCGAUGGUGAAUCCAGGUAGCAUACUCGUCGUUACAAUCAAUGGCACUGGUGUCGUCAUCGAGCUUGUGUACAUUAUCUUGUUCUUGAUUUAUUCCGACGGAAAGAAGAAGCGGUUGAAAGUGUUGUUGAUGAUGUUGGUUGAGGUCAUCUUCGUAGCUCUCUUAGCCCUCUUGGUUCUCACUUUGGCUCAUACUUACCAUCGCCGCUCCGCUAUCGUCGGGACCGUUUGUAUUCUCUUUAACAUCAUGAUGUAUGCUUCACCCUUGACCGUCAUGAAACUGGUGAUUAAGACAAAAAGUGUGGAAUAUAUGCCAUUUUUUCUAUCCUUUGCUUCAUUAGCAAACGGUAUCGUUUGGACUGCUUAUGCUUGCAUCCGUUUCGACCCCUUCAUCACGGUCCCCAACGGCCUCGGGACAUUGUCGGCCCUCGUUCAGCUUAUUCUCUACGCCACCUUUUACAAAUCAACUCAACGCCAAAUCGCCGAACGAAAAGCCCAAAUUCAUCUCUCUGAAGUCGUCGUCAACAGCGCCGUCUCUCUACCGGAAAAGACUGCUAAUGGCGGAGCUUCAACCACCCCUAUUUCUGACACGACGGCAACCCGGAAGGCCUGAUCGCCCGACGGACGGCGCCGGCUUGGAUGAGUUGGAUGCGUAAAAACCCAAUUCAUUAUUUAAAAAAAGAAGAGAUUUUGGAAUUAUAUGGUUUUUCUUUUUCAUGAAUAAACCUAAUUGUUAUUAUUAUUUUACUUAAGCAAAAAAGUAAUGAUAAUAAUUGUGGUUUGGGUUUGGGUUUUUUUUCUUUUUUCUUUUUUCUUUCUUUUGGGGGUCUUUUUUUUUCCUUGACAAGAAAAGAGAGGGAAAAAUAAAAGGCAUUUUGAUCUACAUUUUGGAUGAUUUUCUCUCAGUAUAUUCUUGGAAUUUUUAAGUGUUCAAA